GGAAACUUAUUAGUUACUUGUCAAAGUGGGCCGCAUAUGUUUUGAAGGCAAGCGGGUAUCUGUGUUUAUGCAAUAAUUAUUAGAUUUUUAUUGGUAUAUCCAAAAACAAAAUGCAUUUGUUUGCCAGAAUUCAAAGGGCUGUGUUAUCAGGUUUUUUGAAAUCCCAGCAUAACCAACAAGUUGCCACUUUGAAACAUUUUGCACCGCCUCCAGUUUACAAUGAUAUUGUCAUACCAGAACGACCUAAGCUGCGGUUUAUGGAUAAAGUUCCCAUUUUGCCCACGAACAUGAGAGCCCCUAAAAUGCAAAAGAAGCUAAAAUUUAUGCGCGGACCAGAAACGGUUCAUAACACUUUGGUCCACAAGCAGUACGGAAUUAUGGCUACCGGGGGUGGCCGAUUACGAUGGGGACACUUUGAAAUGAUGCGUUUAGGCAUCGGUCGGCGUAUGGAUAUUAGUCGAAUGUUUGCCAUAUGGCGCGUGGAAGCACCCUGGCAACCGAUUACCAAAAAAGGCCAAGGCCAGCGCAUGGGUGGAGGCAAAAGUGCGAUUGAUCAUUACGUUACUCCGGUUAAAAGUGGGAGAAUAAUCGUUGAAAUGGCUGGCAAAUGUGAGUUUGCUGAAGUUAAGCCAAUUCUGGAGCUUGUGUGUCAUAAAUUGCCGUUCAAAGCGAAGGUCGUGUCACACGAAAUGCUGGAAAAGAUGCAAGCGGAACAGGAACGAUUAGCGAAGGAAAACCUGAAUCCUUACACGUUCAAGUAUGUUAUUCAGAACAACUUGGGGGGAUGUCAUAAAUGGCUUUCGCCUGUUGACCAUAAGUGGUUCGGACAGUAUAAUUGAAACCUGAAUAAACGUGGGUACUAAAAA